GGCGCUAGUCACAGUGUGUCAAUUCGCCCCCAACGUAUGCUCAGCACAGCGCCCGCUUUAGCGCCACACAGGCACCACUUCGCAUCGUCCCCUUGACAUCGAACAGGCGCAUCGGUUAGCCCCCCCUCACGCGAAUUGCACACGUCGCAGCAGAGGGGCAACACAGCUGGGUGUGCAAAAGGGAGAGGGAAAAAAAAACACAAACAAACGAGCAAGCGAACUACCUACCUAACGAACGACGAACCAAAGUUGCCGCGCAGGGACCCUUCCCUCAUCCAUUUUGGCCAACUGCAAACUCGGCACACCCAAGGUUACGAAGUUUUCCCAAUAGGAGGAGGCAGAAUGGACAGCCCGGAGUUCCUCAAAAUUGAGCUGGAGAGGGUGAAGAGUGACUAUGAAAAUGAACUAUCCGUUGACCACGUAAUGCCCAAGACCCAGUUCGACUACGCCUGCAUGCUAAUCUGCUCGUCGGACCUGAAGAACAUCCAGCUGGCCUCCUCCCUGCUGCACGAGCUGCUGCUCAUAAACUACAACCGAAUCGACUGCCUGUACCAGCUAGCCAUCGCGCACAUCAAACUGCGGGACUAUAAGAAGGCCAAGAACUACCUGAACGCGUUGCUCAAAAUCGAUGCCAGAAAUAGCAAUGCGCUGGCCCUGAAAAGCCUUCUCUUCGACUUAAUCUCGUCGGACGGGUUGAUCGGCGCCCUGCUCGUGGCCCUCACCGCCUGCGGCCUUUACUUGUCCUUCAAGUCGUUUAAGUUUUUUUAAU